UUAUACUCAAGAGAUACGGAAAUUUGUAUUUUGGUCGAUUACAAUCUUUUGCAUCCCUCUAUGGGCGUAUUGCAAAGCUAACCAACCAGAAACUAGACCAACCUAUUGGUUAUUUAUGACUAAAAGCUCAUCUUUGCUCAAGUUAAGUAAAUUCAACUACAUGCUGCCAUCAUUGAUAGCCAGCAAUACGCCUUUAGCUCAUAGCAGCUAAGCUUAACGUAAAAUAAGCAUGAGUUAGCAGCUAACAUGAGCCAUAGGCCACAAGACGUCGACUCAACGUAACGGACAAGAAAUGAAGGUGCUGUUUAACACAGAACCAUGCGACUCACAGCAUUGCUUUCAAUGGCUGCAAAAGCUGCUUUUCCACACGAUUAUCGUUAUGGAACGAGCAGACCAUGGAUGGUAGCAGCGCGCCGUGUCAAUCCACCCGGCAAGAAAAGAAGAAAGGUGUUUGUUGAACCAAUCGCGAACGAGGACUGGCAUGUUCUGAGAGGCGAUACAGUGGAGAUUCUGUCUGGUAAGGACAAAGGAAAGCAGGGGAAAGUCUCUCAGGUGUUCAGACAUAGGAACUGGGUCAUACUUGAAGGGUUGAAUACGCAUUACAGGUAUAUUGGCAGGUCUGGAGAUUACAGGGGCACAUACAUCGCCAGUGAAGCACCUUUAUUGCUUAAGGAUAUUUCACUUAUCGACCCUACUGACAGAAAGCCUACUGGUAUUGAAUGGAGAUUCACAGAAGAGGGUGAGAGGGUGCGUGUAUCUCUCAGGACAGGACGCAUUAUUCCCAAACCAGUGUACCAGAGAAAAGAUGGCAUCAUUCCCCAGCAGUGGAAGGAUGGACCUAAAGACACAUCACCUGAUGACGCUCUUCAGAAAACAUACACACCCUCUUUGAAAACCCUUGAGGAAGAAGUUAUGGAAAAAAUGAACAUACAGGAAGAUAGGAGGCCCCGUAAGAGCUACUGGUACUGAGAUGGCACAGAGACUGUGUUUGACUGCAUGUUUAAGCUUGACAACAGAAGCACCUGUUCUUCAAAUUCUAAAAGUAUUUAUAUUGGAAAAAUAAUGUGUGUUCUUCAAACUUUGUCAAUAAAACAACCAAAUGCUGUACACAGUUUCCUUGCCUUGAUGCCAUUAUCAGAUGUGAGAUGUUGGCUGAUAUUGUAUUGUUUACUCACUGUCUUGCCUGAACA